AUGCUAUCAAAGAAAUAAUUAGCAAAAGCAUCACUGCUCCUCAUCCUUUUCAAUUUACUCAUUAGCUUUAAUGAGGUCAAAUCUGGAUUUCUUUAAGAAUCUCUUUCUAUUUACAAUCAGUAACCACACAAAAUUGCAUAUUAAAAAAGAACCGCAAACUAUGAUCUGAGCCUAGAAAGCAAGCACCCCUUGCUUUAAGGAGACUUCUCGUACAAUAUGACAUGGCUCUAGAAUUAAAUUAAUAAUGCUACAGAUGAUAUAUUACCAGUAUAAAGUCCUAGACUUCAUGCCAGCAUUAAACUAGAUAAGUUAAAAUACCUUCCAAACGAUGUCGUCUUUAUUGAAGUACUUCUUUUUAAUUCCUUGAAUGUUACACCUGUUGCCAUUACUACACUACCUGCUAAUGAUCAAAGGAAUCAGUUCUACAAUCUAACAAUUGAAGUAAGAGACUCUUCAUCAAACUUGCUAUUUACAACUACUGCAAAAGCUAGCUUUUCUACUGCAGUCACUUCCUUUAAGUUACCCUCAACUAUUUCAGCUGGAACAUACAUUGUCUCCGCACUUAACUCGGUUGUAGCAACAGCAUUAACUCAAUUUACUGUGAUCAAUCUACCUAAAGAUAAAAUCAUUGUCUAGUCAUAGUUCUUAUAAUAAUCAUACAAUCCUGGCAGCGUUGCGACUGGUAUUGUAAGAGUGACAGAUUAAAAUCAAUAUUUAAUAAAUACGACCAUAACUUCAUUAUCGUAUUUUGUAAGAUAUUCAAAUUCGACCAGUGCAAAUACCUCUAUUAUUCUAACAUCGACCAGAGCAGAUGCAAUCAUUAACUUUACUAUUCCCAGAUAUCUAAACACCUCAUCUGCAAUGAUAAUCUAUACAAUUAGAAUCGAAAAUGAGACUUUCAACUAUCAGUAAUCAUUAUAAAUCAACAACCCUGAGUUAAUUGCAAUUGAUGCAUUUGUAUCAACUGGUUCUCUAGUAUUCAAUGUUCCCAACAUCUUCUACUUCUAAGCAUAUCAAUCAAGAGAAAACUCUCAACCACUUGAGUUUUAAAAUGCUACUUUAAAGCAGAGCUUUGCUAAUAAAUCAGAAAUUGUGAUCGGCCAAGUAUCUACUUAUUCUCAGGGUCGCGGUUCCUUCAAAUAUACUCCUCAUAGGAAUGAAACAGGUUUGAUCAUUGAGAUAAGCGUAAAUGGAUAACUUGUCAGAAGAAGUCUUAAUCUCUAAAACUCUUAGAAUCCAUAUUCUCCAUCAGCAGAAGUUACUUUCAGUAUCCUUAAUGCCAAUAGAGUCAUAGGUAAUAAUGACAUGCUGGUACUAUAAUUCAUUACAAAUGAAUAAGUCAAAGAAAAUGACGAUUACUUGCUGCAAAUAAAACUCAAGGAGAGUAUUUUAUAUCAAUAGCAGCUAACAUUCUCGCCCUCAUCAAUCAGAAAUCUCUCAGUCCUGGCAAGAUAGUUCCCUCUUAUCAAUGGAGGAGUAUUGAACUUGAAUUUGUAUAAGCUGAGCGAGUAAUUCAAAAAUUUCUACAGAAAUAUCCAGAUCUAGCCAGUCGUUAAUUAAACUAACGGCACUAAUGGAAAUAGAACUAAUAAUUCAACUAACUCAACUGGAAAUUCCACAAAUGCUACAGCUAAUAGCACUAACAAUGCAUCAUCUUCUAAUGCGACCACAGUGGUUAUCACCCCAAGUUUCUCUAAAUUGCAGGAUGUUAUCACAUGGCUUGAACCUAAGGGGGAAUUGAUCAUCUUCAAGAGACCAAGUGAUAGACUUAUCGUGAAUAUUACACUAGAUAAGACUAGUUACAGUCCAGGAGAUCUUGUUACCUAUACUAUCAGAGUUAUUAACUCUACUACAGGCAGAGUUGUGGGACUCGAUUCAUAUGUUACUUUGACAGCAGUUGAUAUUUUAGGUCUUUAAAGAGAAAAUCAGGAUCUGCUUUUGCCUUCAUCAAUUCAAUCUAGACUCUACCUAUCUCAAGAGAUUGCAAACUUUGAUAACGAAAAUCUAUAAAAGCUAACAAACUUUGAGACUCUAAAUGACCCUAACUCAGCAACAACAGAGUCUCUAGAUUUAUUAUUUGGACUUCAGCAAUGGAGAAAUGGUGCCUUUGACAUUUAAAAUUUGGCUAUAAUCUCAUAGUUAGGCAAAAAUCUAUCAUUAUCGGAUAGCCAAGCUUUCCAAGGACUAUACAAUUAUGUUUUCUACAGAGCAUAAGCGAAUCAAACUAAUCAGACUACUACUAGAGCAUAACUAACUUUAAGAUCAGGGGAGCAAGGAUAUCAAGAAGAUCCUAAAGAUUACAUGGUAGGAAUUUCAAAUCCGAGAAACUGGCUUCAUCCAGUUAGAGCUGACUUCGCUACAGUCCCAGGAGUUCAGGAUCUGACUUAAACAGUUCUUUUCCAAUCAGCCUUGGUUGUUAAGAAUGGACUUGCCACUGGUAAAUUCAAUCUCAACGAUAGACUAUCUAACUAUAUUCUUUCUGCAGAUGCAUUCAAUGCCAACGGUGUGCUAGGUUAUAACUAUGCCUAAUUUGGAACAUUCGAAAGUUUCAAACUUAGCAUGAGUGCUCCUGAAUUCAUGGUUGUUGGAGAUGCCAUUAAAAUUCCUGUUAACAUUACUAACCUCAAUACUGCAGCUGUUUCUGUUGUUAUUAGCUAAGAUCUAUCAAAAUCUGCUGUAUAAGAUUUCAGAAUCAGCUAGUUGCCAGCUUAAAACAUACCUGCUGGCUAGACUCUUAGAACAUUCAUUACUGCUACAGCUUUACAAGUCAAUCCAACAGCUUCAUUAUCAUUGAUAGCAAAUGGCACUGUGGCAAGAAGAAUUGUGAUUUCAACUGGAUAAGUAAAUCUAUCUAUAGUAGAUUAAAUUAUGAAGUAAAAAUCAUAAACAAGAGGAACUUUGAUCGGCUCAAAUGCUAGAGCAGCUGGACCAUCAAAUCAAUUUUUACAAAUGAAUCUUACCAAUGAUUUGAAUUAGAGUUCGUCAAAAUAUUUCCUGAGUGUCUAUCCAAAUUUACUUUCUAUACUUGAGGAUACAGUUCAAACUGUUUCUGAGAUCAGACAAGGUAACGUAGAAUAAGUUGCCUCAGCUCUAUACCCAUUGGCCUUGAAAUUCUCUCUACUUAAAACAUAAUCUCCAUAAACGUCAGAGACCUAAGUCUAGCUAUAUUAACUCCAAUAAGAAUUAGAGAAUUAACUACAAGCAAUUUUAACUCACAGAAUUCAAGUAGACGAUAACUCCAGAUUUAAUGGAAAUGAUAUCUCUAAUGAAGCAAUGACUGCUUAUGCGCUUCAAUUCCUCAUCGAUAUAAGUAACAUCACCACAGUUGAUAAAUCUUUGAUUAAUCAGUUGGCAGGCUACCUUAUUUCAAGAAGAAAUGGAAGAGGAGGAUUUAUUCAAUCUUUCUCAAGUCCAUUAGCCUAAUCUGUACCAGAAGUUACUCUAAAUGCAUACAUAGUAAACGUCUUGACCUAUCACAAUCCCUCGGUUAGCCUUACAAUUGAGAUUAAUUCUCUUAAAAGCUUUGUAGAUGCUCAGUUGAGAAUCAACCAAGGAGAUGGCUACAUUUUAACUUUAUUGGCUUAAUCUUUAUUCAGAUAAAAGAGAACAGCUGAAGCUACAGUAUACACUGAUGCUCUAACCAGACUAAUGUCCUCUGAUGGAAGAGUGGUUUCAAACUAAACCACAACAUUGUCGGUAUUUUUAUCAAAUGGUACUAAUCUUGAUAUUGAGACUACAGCACUUGCAAUUUAAGCUUGGAAUUUCAAUACUGUUAAGUAUGCAAACUAAAUUGGAAAUGCAACUAACUAUCUCAUUUCUUAAAUUGAUAGAGGUCUCAUUGGUGGAUCUUAGGGAACUUAUCUAGGGUUAAAAGCAAUUCAAAGCUAUUUCACAUCAAGUGGAUUCCCAGUAAUUAACGGAAAUGGAAGCUUCUUCUUGAAGGUUAAUGAUGUCACAGUUGAAACUAUAUCAUUCAGAUCUAAUUAAUAAGAAGCUAUCAAAUUUGAUAUUUCAGAAUAUAUUAAAACUAAAGGCAAUUCAAGAAUAUUUGCACCAGGAGCAAGCAUUAACUUCAAUGUCGGAGUGCAAGGAUUUAGUCUUAACGCUGGAUAGACCAAAGAUUUUAGAGCAGUCCUAUCGAUCUCUCACAGAUACAUGGUGAACCAAAGUUAUGUUGAUCCUGGUCCAGCUAAUCUAACUACUGAUUUCUCAGUCUUAUUGAGAAACUACAGAAAUCUAGGACUAGACAAUCAAACUGGAAGAUUAUUCCCAAUUUAAGUCAAAUUCUAGAAUAUAUUUGCUAAUGGCUCAGCUUAAAGUGGGUAACUUAAUGUGAUUUUACAUCCUCCCUCUUGCCUUGAGCUAGACUUAGAAAGUACUUAUAAAUUAAUAGAAGACGGUGAAAUUAACGAUUUCUAAGUCAUUCCUUUGUCAGGUCAAGCAGUCCUAUUCAUUAACUCUAUGUUCCCAGGUUAAGUUAAGAAUUUCCAGAUAAAUUAUAUUCAAAAGUACGCAGGACAAUGCCAACUAAGAGAUAACAUAAUCUACCAAUCAUAUGGUGACUUUGAAUUAUAUUCAAAAACUACAACAGAAUUAUGA